AUGUUCGCCUUCGGUCCUGACAACGAAGACUCCUUCUAUAAUCUUUAUGAAAAGAUUAGUAGUGUUGGUCUUAUGGACCCUACCAAGGAGAGUACGACCAAGCUUCAACAAUUAAUCAACCAUCAUAAAUCGAGUCUAUUGAGUUUGAAGUUUAGUGAAAAGAAUCCUGAUGCAAGAAGCAAAAUCGAAAAUAAUAAUGUGGAAGUGAAAGGGGUUCGGUCCAAUCUUCCUCAAUCUCUCAAGCUUUUAGUUUGCCAAGUUUCGGAUGCACUCGAUCUGAAUGAGAUGAUUGCUCUAAGUCUAAUUUUCACUGCUACCAAGCACAACCCACCAACAACAUAUGGGGUUGAUGAAUAUCAUGCCUCCAUCAAACUCUUUUAUGAAGAAUAUUUAAAGCUGUUAUUAUCAGUUGUUUGUUUAUUUCAAGCACGAUAUAAUGAGGAGUUGAAUCCACACAUCAGGGAAGUUAUAACAAAAUCAACAACUGAUUUACUUAAAGAAGGACUCAUAAAGUCCAUUUGCUCCAGGAUCAAUGAAUUAACAAAACAAAUCAAUGAAUCUCAAAAUACCAUCAAUACUUAUAGGUCUACAGGAAAUGGAGAUUCUAGUGAAGUUACAAAUUCAAUUGAACAAAUUAAUUACAAAGUACUUAUUAGGAGAAGUUUGGGAGAUUGUUUAUUCUUCUCUUGUUUCAAUUUGCAAUGUGAUGAGGAAACAUUUGACAAUGUGUUCAAUUGCUUUAAACAUUCGCUCAACACAUUCAACGCAUCAAUUCAACAGCUCAUUGCCGAUCAAAAUGAAGAACAAACCUAUGAUGCAUUAAUUCUAAUAGAUGCCCUUCCUAUUGGAUCUAAAUCUAUUUUCAACAUGCUGUACAUGGAAACAUCAACAAUUCUUUGCCUUUUAGAGCCAACAGAAGGAAAAGAAAAAUUUGAUCCAAAACUUGAAAAAAUUGUCACUACAAAUACUCUUUACAAGCCUCAAUUUAUUCAAAAAUUUGACAAAUCGUUGCGUGAUUUAAUAGAGAGUACAGAUAGCCCUAAUCUUGUUGAUAAACCUCAAUACGAAGCUGUUAUCGGAUUAAUGUGGAGCUUGGGAUUGCAAGCAACAAAGAAGGAUGACUUUAUUGGAUACUCAAACAACGCCUUUGACUUGAGCUUGUCCCGAAAGGUUUUUGAAUUCAUCUCAAAAGGUUGGCUUAAUAGCAAAAUGUUUAGAAAUGAUACUGAACAAACCAAAGAGUUUAUUGUAUAUGUGUUGAGUGAACUCGUGUGUGGUAUUCUGAUCAAACAAUCCGAUGUUAUUGCAGGAUUGCUGGCCGACCAAAGUGAAAAGAUGAAAACCUUUUUAAAUAGAAGAAGAGAUGGGUUACCACUUGAAGAGAACGAAGAUGAGGAGACAAUUUCUGAGCAUGUGAAUAGUUUGUUAUUGGUGAUUAGCGAGAUAUAUAUGCAUUAUCCUGAAUAUUCACACCGAUUCUUUGAACAGAGAGAGUUGCGAGAUGUCAUUACCAACACUUUUUGUGAACACAUAACUUCACUUUGCAAAUUACAGGAAGAGAUUGAUCUUGGAUUUAUUUAUUACAUUGGAAUUUUGUGCUCGUUUAGUGGAGACGCUGUUGGCGCAGUUAAUGUAUUCAGAAUGUUAUGCGACUCUCCAUACCCAUUAUUCAGUUGGACCUACUUUUUCCAAACACUGAUUCCACAAUUUCAACAACAAUACAACGAGCUGAGCAAGGAAGACGUCUCUUUUGACGAAAAAACCUUGGACUCUGUCUACGUUGUACUGAAACUGGUAGAAAAAAUUUGUCAUAACUCUGAGGAGAGCAGAAUUGCUUUUUUAGAAAGUAGUUGGGAUAUUUUGGGACUUCUUUUUGGAUUGAUGUUUGUUCCAAAGCUCUCGCCAGUUCUUAUGGGCCAAGUCUUCUCAACGCUUGCCUCUUUCGUCAAGCCAUCAAACGGACCACCUAGCAAAGAGGCUCAAGUUAUUCUUGCUCAGAUGGAAAGAUUCCAAAUUCUCAAAUAUGAAAUUAGAAAUGACAAGUACGAAAUUUCUAACUCUGGAGGAGUCAAAUAUCAACUCAAUUUUAGGGAGUCUCAAGAAGGAGAGUAUUUUGAAACAUUGGGAUUUUUAGAGUUGAUUUAUGCUAUUAUUUCUUGUACAAGUUACCCUAUCACCGGAUUUGCUCCUUAUCUCAAGUUCAUUCAAGAAGACGUUUUUAAUAACUUUUCCAAGCGAUACUACAAGGAGGACAGCGAAAAAUGGCUCGUCGCUAAGUCAUGUUUGCAAAUAUUUACAAAAUUGCUUUCUAGAUAUUCUCCUUCCUCGAGCGAUUUUGGUGAUGUGAAAUCUGGCACUCAACACGCAAUGGAGGAUGAAAAUGCACCUAAAAUUCCUAAUUUUCUACAAGCUCCACCGGGAUUCCAAAUUAUGAGCGAUAUGCUAAGCAAUACUAUUUUCAGAAAAGAGCUUUUCAACGUUAUUGGAGUUAAUCUAGAAGAAGAAAGAAACACAAACAGAGAGGGAGAGUCAAUGGAAAAAUCAGUUAUAUACGCUCUUCAAAUGAUUGAAACGACGUUGUUGAAAGAGGAGGCAUUUAUCCAGACUUUAUCUCAGACUCAAAGAGAUGUUCCAGCAGUGAUCAAGAGAUUAGAGUAUCAAAUGCCAAACUCUUUAAUUAUCAAAUUAGUCGAUCUCUUGGAUUAUUCCUUCAACAACGAGGUUAGAUAUAGAGUUGUCAACAUUCUUUGUUUAAUCAGCAAGAAUAUCACCAAUUUAGUGGGAUUAUUUAAAGAAAGAAAGAGAGACAAAAAGCUUGUUAGCCUCUUUGUAAAACAUCUAUAUGCAGUUACAUUUGAAAACAACAGAGAACAAUCAGACAUUGAUGAUUCACAAGUUGAUGACAGUCAAAGAGACAAUGAAACUAGACUCAAGAUGUUAGAGCUGUUAAAGGCCAAUGUCGACGCUCCAGGAGAAAAUAUUACGCACAUGCUUUGUGGUUUUGAUAUUGCAAGUGAUGAACCAAGAGAGAUCGACAUUUUCAAUGAGAAGACAUGUCUAACAAUUAUUCUCCACUUGCUAAGAUCAAAGAGGUUGCCAAAGACUCAUCCUAGGUUUAUCGAAUCAUGCUACGAGCUCAUCUACAAACUAUGCGCUGAUCGACGAGUGAGUCAGCAAACAUUUGCAUGUUUGGAAAAAUCAAGUUUCUUGAAUGACAAGCUGAUGAAUGAUAACUUUUCGACAAAAAUUACUCCAUCUCCGGUAGCACAUCAUAUUUUGAAUCAACGAGCGUUUGUGAUUAGAAUUGUUGCUCUCAAAUUAUACUCCAAUACAAAAGCAUUUAAAAAGGGAGAUAGCAACAGAGGUGGAGUUCAAGAGCUUGUUCAUAUAUUAUUUGGAGGAGAUUUACUUGGAGUUGCAGCUAACAAUAUUUUUGGCCACGCCAUGAAUUUCGAGCAAAGAAGAGCACUAAUGUUGGAAGUGUUAGACACCAUUGAUUUGAAUUUGGCCGCUCCAAAUUGUCCAUAUGACCUUUCAUCGGCAGAAUGGAAACAAUUUUUAAAGAAUUGGUCCUCUACAUUCAAUGCUUUUUUCUGGAUGGAAGCAAGUGGUUGA